AUUUACACAAAGUAUAAAUUCUAAUUAUAAAAAGAUUCUAUAAGUCCGUUCAGUUCAAAAAGCGCGCUUGGGGAAAGUGGAUGCAUUUCUUAAAAAAAACAAUGGCUUGAGGGAUGCAUGGUGAAAGCUAAGUGAAUCGCUCAUUCAGCUACGAGUGGCCAACCCCAGAAGAUUUUAUUUUUAUAAUACGUGAAAUUCAGAUGCGCAAUUCACAUCCGUUGGCCAUCAAUAAACUAUUCAUGAUAGCGUGAAAAAUCAAUAUGAUUAUGAUACGAAUCAUGUUUAUAUAACACAUUUUUUUUUCAAAAGUGCUCGUAACAUGAUCAGUGAUAAGUGAAACAAAUAGUUAAAAAUAGAUUAGAAAUUGACAUUUGAACAGUUGAAACUCUAAUUUAGACGGGAUUACAUGUAUCCCUUACAUAAUCAUUUAUCAAACAUAGAAACGAUUAUUUGUUCAAGUUUUAUGUAUUGUGCAAAGAUGUUCAAGAAAAAAUAAAUAAUUGGAGCGUACAGUAAACUACAAGCAAGCAAAUUAGCGUAUGAUCAACAUUGUGGAUAGAUAGUUGAAGACAGUUCUAGCGACAAGCUUAUCUUGAGUUUUACGGGCAACAAAGACUGUGAAGGUGUGCCGUGAUAGUGCAAAUUUCUCAAGAACAGAAUAAUAAUUUCUUCAAUUUAUCUCAGCUAUGGGGCUAGACUUCAUACAAGGUGGCAGUGCCGAUUACGAGAAUGCUCUCAUUCUCGCUGGUUUCGGAAAAUUUCAUUACCAUUUAUUAACCAUAUGCGGAUUAAUCUACGCAAAUACUGCAGUCGGCAUCACAAUUAUUUCCUUUGUCCUACCAUCAGCAACGUGUGAUUUUCAAAUGACAUCAGAAGAUAAAGGAUGGCUCACUGCUGCUCCCAUGCUAGGCAUGGUGAUAGGCUCUUACUUUUGGGGUUGUCUGGCCGACACUAAAGGAAGACGAAUUGUUCUCAUUGCGGCAUUGUUACUGGAUGGCUUUAUUGGAUUGCUGUCAUCGAUAACCCGAAUUUUUGGGCUCUUUAUGCUUCUCCGAUUCAUUAAUGGUUUUGCAAUUACAGGUGCAAUGGGAAUUUGCUUCCCGUAUUUGGGAGAAUUCCAACCAACUAAAUAUCGCGAAAAGGUACUGUGCUGGAUGGAAAUGUUUUGGACUGUGGGAAUUAUUUUGCUACCUCUCAUUGCUUGGCUACUCAUCCCUAUGAACUUCCGUAUAAAGUAUGAAUGGACAAUGGCAGGAGUUGGUUUAACAUGGGCUUUCAGUAGCUGGAAUUUGUUUGUGGCAGUAUGUGCUCUACCAAGUCUCAUCUUAGGAGCGAGUUUAUACAUUUUUCCAGAAAGUCCAAAAUUUCUUAUCGAAUGCGGGGAAACUGAAUUAGCAUUAGAAAUUGUAAAAGACAUAUAUGUUAAGAAUUCGGGACGCGAUCGAUCCGAAUACCCGAUAAAAAGUCUAAGGGAAAGCGAAAAAACAAAUAGCGUCAUGGGAACACAUAAUAGAUCGAUACGCACACUCAGUAUGAGAAAGCCAAAUCAUCUCAAAAUAUUAUUCAACGAGAUUUGGGAUCAGACCAAGGCUUUAUGUAAAACUCCACAUCUUAAAAACACCAUCCUGACAUGUUUUAUUCAGUUUGGAAUUACAAGCAGUUAUUACACAUUGAUGAUUUGGUUCCCGGAACUGUUUGAUAGAUUUGAACAGUAUGAAACUCGUUUCCCAGACACAUCUGCUUCUGUCUGUGAUGUGUCUUCGAUCGUAUUAGAUGAUGUCAAUGGAACACUUGUCGAUGAUUUCUGUGGGGGAACCAUCGAUACCAGCGUUUUUCUGCAUACUGUCAUCAUUGGUCUGGCAUGUAUACCAACAAGUUUCUGGCUACCACUUUGUGUUCAUCGACUUGGAGCAAAAUUUUUCUUAGUAUUCAGCCUUUUAUUGGCUGGCGCCGUCACUGUAGGACUCUAUUUUGUUAUAAAUUCAAAACAGAAUUUGAUCUUAUCAUGCGUGUUCGAAGCCUUAACAUCUAUGGCCAUAAGUACUGUGUAUUGUGUCAUGGUAGAUCUAUUCCCAACCAAUCUAAGGGUUAUGGCUGCUGCAUUAUCUCUAACAUUUGGACGAGGUGGAGCUUUGGUUGGCAAUCUACUCUUCGGUUAUCUGAUCGAUUUAAAUUGUGUAGUACCUAUCGUAUUAUUCUCGGUUAUGUUGUUCGUGAGUGGUGCCCUUUGUUUUUUCUUGCCUGACACAGGAAGUGAAGCACUGGAUUAAAAAAAUCAUUCGGGAAAUAAGGUCUAUAGUCGUUAUACUUCGCUAGUAAACGGUUCUUACAGAGAGAGAUUUAAUAAACAAAAGAAUCACAUGUAGACAAUCUAUUA